AAAUCACAACUGCAACAACAACAACAAAAAUGGCUUUAGAAUUUUUUAUUCGAAAAUAUUUCAAUCAUCAAUUUGCUAUCGUACAUUAUUAUCGUUCAUUAUGGAUAAUGUUAAUCUGUUAUAUUCUAUUAUUAUUAUCAACAACAAUGUUUAUCGAAAAGGCUGAUGCAUUUAUAUUUUGGAAAGCUAAAACAACUGCAUGCGAUAUAUGCGAUGGUAUCGAUACCUAUUCCGGUCGUAAUGUUAUGUGCUGUUUUUUAUCAUCAAAAUGUUGUGGUUAUAAUAAUAUUGAUGAUCUUGAAACUGCUCGUAUGAACGUAACAUCAACAGGAUCGACGUAAACGAAUGAAAACAUUUGAAUGGAGCAAAAAAAUAGAAUUAAAGUUUCAAAACAAAUGAAAAUUGUUUAAUUUAUUUCGAAUUUAGAGUAUUUUUUCCCC